GAAUGCAAGACGAGCAAGUCACAGCAAAACACGAGAGGGACCAACGUUGCUCUCACUUGACACGCUGCUCCGUGAUCUACUCCUGUCCGUGUCCCAGUGUCUGCCCCAGUGGUGUGUCCUCUCUCCCCUCUGAUGCCCCUCUGAUGCCCCUCUGAUGCCCCUCUGAUGCCCCUCUGAUGCCCCUCUGAUGCCCCUCUGAUGCCCGCGGUGCCAUCAUGGAGCCUCUCCGGGUCCUGGAGCUGUACAGCGGGAUCGGAGGCAUGCACUUCGCUCUCAAAGGCUGUGGCGUCCCUGCUCAGGUGGUGGCUGCUGUGGACAUCAACACCACAGCCAACCACAUCUACAAACACAACUUCCCCAGCACUCCCAUGUGGAGCAAGUCUAUCGAGGGCAUACCACUAGAAGAUUUCAACAAAUUAUCUAUUGAUAUGAUUUUAAUGAGCCCGCCCUGUCAGCCAUUCACCAGGUUAGGCUUAAAACGUGAUGUGGUCGACCAACGAACCAAGAGCUUUCUAUAUGUUCUGGAUCUUCUACCAAAACUGAGUCCUCCUCCUCGCUACAUCCUCCUGGAGAACGUUAAGGGAUUCGAAGAGUCUUGUGCCAGGAAUCAACUGGUGAAAACCUUGAAUGAAUGUGGAUAUCAUUUUAAAGAAAUUAUGGUGUCACCGACAAGUGUGGGCAUCCCAAACUCUCGGCUACGUUAUUUCCUCAUGGCCAAACGCUCAGAGGAAGGCUUCAGUACAGAGACCCACUCACAAAUUUUAGAAGCCUUUCCUCUCCACAUGGAUCUGGAUGUGUCUGAACAGCCUACGGUUUUGACUCCUUUCCAGCCAGAGACUGAAGUGGAACAGGGACAGGUGCUGUACAAACUGGAGACCCCCGAGGAGGUGCAGAGGAAGCAGAAGCAGAACAGUGACCCAUCCAUCCGGCAGAUCCAGGACUUCUUAGACCCAGACCUGGACUUGGACAUGGACCAGUACCUGCUCCCCCCCAAAACCUUGCUCCGAUACGCCAAUAUCCUGGAUAUAGUCUGGCCCAGCUGCAGGAGGUCCAUCUGCUUCACCAAAGGGUACGGCCGUUACGUAGAAGGCACUGGUUCGGUUCUGCAGUCUUCCUCAGAGGCAGAGGUGGAGCAGGUGUACCAGGGUCUGGAGGAGCUGAGCGAGGAGCAGAGGCUAAGGCGCUUACACACCCUCAGACUGAGAUACUUCUCUCCCAGGGAAGUGGCAAACAUCAUGGGCUUCCCUCAGAGCUUUGCGUUCCCAGAGGACGUCCCAGUGAAGCAGAGAUACAAGGUGCUGGGGAACAGUCUGAAUGUGGAGGUGGUGUGUAAGCUGCUGCAAAUCCUCCUCUCACAGCACACAGUUCUGUAGGACUGGACACUGCAGCCAGUACGUUUGACCUUUUUUGUGCUUAACGUCUCUGGGAUUACUGGAUCUAUUCUCAACAUCAAAACUGGGACAGAGUUCAACACAAACGUCUCUGUCAGCAACAAAUGAACUAUUAUUGUAACUCUUGCUGGCAUUAUUCACUCACACAGGCUGCAUGUCUCAAGAGAGUGUGUACUGUAAGGAAAUAUGGUUACUUAAAUGUUUACCUUUUCCUAAAUUUUCAUAUCACUCAGCAGAUUAGGACUGAUUUAGUAAAAAAAAUAUGAAUGUAUUUUUCUAACAAGUAUUCCCCAGACUGACUGCCCCCACAACCCAGCCCUGGAUAAGCGGAAGAAAAUGGAUGGAUGGAUGGAUGGUAUUCCUCAAUCGAAUCAAAACUGAAAUCUUAAUGGUCACAAUUAUCAUAUUUGCCUUCAUCCUUGUAUUACUUUAGCAAUUCAUAUUUCAGUCUCAAAUGCAUGAUCCUGGGCAAAUUUAAAAUAUGAACUUUGGACAGAAUCAUAAAACACAAAUUGCUAAUCAUUUAUGUUUUAAUCUUGCAGCCCUAGUUCAAAAUAUUGGCCUUUCUGAUAAUGUUCUCUGUUAAAGAUUAUCUAAUGAAUUAUGUAAAUGUGUUUUACAGUUUGCUGAAAACAUAGUGAUACAAUGGGAAAAUAUUAACUUAUAUAUAUAUGCACUUGUAUAACAUGUAUAUAAAAGUGUAUGUAAGCCACAUACAUAACAGUUUUGUAUGGAGUUGGACCAUUGCCUGAUGACAAAUGGCAAUAGCAUGGCAAUAACAAAAAGUUCCUUCAUUAUAAACAUGUGUUUCUGUUACAGCAUUAUCACCAAAACAUUGUCAUAAACCAUAAACCUGUCUGUAUAGCCUCUAGACUCCUCCUUAGGUCAGUGAACCCACCGUGCCUUCUUGCUCUUGUAAUAAUGCUUACAAAAUGAGUUUAGGGGAACAAAUGGUCAGAGUAAGACUGGUCACUGCUCACUUCAAAGUAGGAAUUCAACAGAUAGUUAAUAGAGGAUUCAAUCUGAUGAAGGUGUAAAUAGAGGUUUAAAGGAUGUUAUGUCAUUGUGUCCUUGGGCAAAACACUUUUGUGCUUGGGCAAAAACACCUUUUUCUGUGAGAACAGGGUUAAAGAGGCCGUAGCGGUACAAAGGUAGAAACAUGUCAUGUCGGACUGAACAGGGACUGAACCAGGUCUGCACAGUUGUGGGCGAUAUAGACCUGAUAAUUUAUAAUAUUGAAUAUACUACUGAAACAAUAAAGCUGGAUAAUCCCAGAAAACCCUAUUUUAAAUCAACAAUGUCUCUUAAACCAUGAGCCACAACAAAUACAUGGGAUGAAACACUUGCAUAGUUAGUAUACAUUAUAGAAGUUACUUGUUCUACCAUCAACAGCUCAACUCACUUAUCGUAUUAUAACAAGUUACCUAAAUAUGCCCCGUUAGUGCAAAGAUAAUAUACACAUGGAAGAAGCAUUUAGCCUCAAAGUCAUUGUUCCUUCUGUCAUUUAUUGAACAAAUACUGCCAUAUGCCAAGGGAAACUGAUGAUAUCACUACAAUAAUCUCGGAAGAAGAAAACCCUGACAAUCUGUCUGAAAACAAACCAUAACCAAAACUUAAAAUGCAUACAGCAGGUUAGACCGCUCAUACCAGAAAAAGAAGUUUUGUCUUGCUGAAGUUCAAAGGUUUUCUUCCUGGUUCCUUCUGGGCAACAGAUAAUGACAUAGAAGUAUAUAGAAGUAAUUCCAUGAUGUUUUGAGCAACCAUAAUGUUUACGGCAUCACAUGAAAAUAAUCUAUAAGUAAUGGUAUUAAAUUAUUUAAAAAAUGUACUUAAGGAGUAAAAUGUAAAAGUGUUUCGCACACAUUUUGAGGUAUUAGAAGGCUUCAAAUGUAGUGAUUUUGAUAAAAAUUUGAGCUG